AACCCUAGAAAAAUUUACCAGAAUUUUACCCAAAAAUUAGUACAACUAUUUCCUCUUUCCAUAUAUGGCUCCGCCUUUCAUUUUCCCCCAAACCCUCCUUUCCUUGGAGGAGGAAGAAGAAGAUGAAAAUUCCUCAGAUUACACUCGCCUCUCUGUCCGAAACCCCAUUUCCAUCUCUUCUUUUCAACCCUCUGAACUCGAAGAAUUCGUAAAAGGGCUUUCCUUCGAUUUGUCGGAUAAGGAGUUGUUCUGCAUUGAAGAGCAAGAAAUUUUUGACAGGGUAUAUUCGUUGGUGAAGGGUUUUGGUUGUCUUACUCCAGCGUGCAAGCUGAAUUUGGUUGAGUCUUUGAGGUCUAAUCUUAGCGUUUUGCUCCCCAAUGUGGAUUUGCUCACUCGGGCGUCUUUGAGUGGGACCAGAAGAAAUGCUAAUGGCGAUGUUAAUGAGGGUGAUGGUGAUGGCGAGGUUGUUCACGAGGAAAAUGACGAUGGGGUGGCUGUGGAUCGAGUAGCUUCACAUAGGAAUGCGUUUAAGAUUUACACUUUUUUCCUUGUACAGAUUGUGCUCAUUGAGGAAGAAAAUUCUGCUUCUGCGGCGAACACCUCUAAAACGGUGGCAGCAAGUGGAAGGAAGAGAUUACCUGUGCAUGCAUGGAAUUGGGAACCCCAGAGAGGGAGGAUACUGACUUUAAUUGCUAAUUCCUUGGAAAUCAAUCUCUCAUUGCUCUUUGGGUCAUCAGAUCCUGAUGAAAAUUACCUGUCUUUUAUCGUGAAAAAUGCGUUCUCAAUGUUUGAGAAUGCAAUGCUGUUGAAGGAUACAGAUACAAAGGAUGCCAUAUGUCGAAUGGUUGGCACAUGUGCUACUAAAUAUCACUAUCUUGCUCAGUCAUGUGCUUCAAUCUUGCACCUGAUACACAAAUAUGAUUUUGUUGUUACCCACUUGGCCAACGCUGUUGCCGGGGCUGAAAAGAAAUACUCUGAUGGAAGCCUUGCUACUUCCCUAGUUAGAGAGAUUGGAAGAACAAAUCCAAAAGACUACGUGAAGGACACAGUUGGAGCUGAAAAUGUUGGACGUUUUCUUAUAGAGCUUGCUGAUCGGUUGCCGAAAUUGAUUUCCACCAACAUUGGAUUGUUAGUUCCACAUUUUGGUGGAGAGUCAUACAAAAUAAGGAAUGCUCUUGUUGGGGUACUGGGGAAGUUGGUCGCAAAAGCUUUUAAUGAUGUUGAAGGUGAAGUGAGUUCAAAAUCCAUCCGUCUCCGAACUAAGCAGGCAAUGCUGGAAAUCUUGUUGGAACGCUGUCGGGAUGUCUCAGCUUAUACUAGGAGUCGUGUGCUCCAGGUUUGGGCAGAGUUAUGUGAAGAGCAUUCGGUUUCAAUUGGUUUAUGGAAUGAGGUUGCUGCGGUAGCUGCUGGAAGAUUAGAGGAUAAAAGUGCAAUUGUUAGAAAAUCGGCUCUUAAUUUGCUUAUCAUAAUGUUGCAGCACAAUCCUUUUGGUCCGCAACUUCGAGCAGCUUCUUUUGAAGCAACCUUGGAGCAAUACAAGAAGAGAUUAAAUGAACUGGGACCAAAGCCUGCAACAGAGGAUGUAAGGGAUGAGGUAUCUUCGAAUCCUGAUUCCUGUAAUGGAGAUGGUGAGGUCCAUGAUGAAGAUACAGGAACUGUGAUCAAAGAACAAGAUGACAGUUUGCCUGAUAGCUACUUGCCUGAAGAGGUAGAUGGAAUUGACCAGAUGGAUAACUCCGUGCCAGAUGUUGGGAAUCUUGAGCAAACAAGAACAUUAGUUGCAUCACUGGAGGCAGGGUUGAGGUUUUCCAAAUGUGUGUCUGCCACCAUGCCAAUUCUUGUCCAAUUAAUGGCUUCAUCUUCUGCAAGUGAUGUUGAAAAUAGUAUUCUAUUACUGAUGAGGUGCAAACAGUUCCACAUUGAUGGUUCAGAAGCAUGCCUUCGCAAGAUGUUGCCUUUGGUGUUUUCCCAGGACAAAGCUAUUUAUGAUGCAGUUGAGAAUGCUUUCAUCACAAUUUAUGUAAGGAAGAACCCUGUUGAAACUGCAAAGAAUCUUCUUAACCUAGCCAUAGACUCAAAUAUUGGAGAUCUUGCAGCAUUAGAGUCUGUUGUUGGGGCAUUGGUUUGCAAAGGUGACAUAACUGAUAGCUCGUUAUCAGCACUUUGGGAUUUUUUCUGUUUCAAUAUCAAUGGAACCACUGCAGAGCAAAGUCGUGGUGCUUUGUCUGUCCUGUGCAUGGCAGCAAAAUUGGCGACUGGGGUUCUUAGCUCUCACUUACAGGAUAUUGUUGAUAUCGGGUUUGGUAGAUGGGCAAAGGCGGACCCUUUGUUAGCUAGGACAGCAUGUGUUGCACUUCAGAGGUUGUCUGAGGAGGACAAGAAAAGAUUGUUAUCUACUAAUGGCAGCCGGGUAUUUGGUAUUUUAGAAAGUUUAAUUACUGGGUUUUGGCUUCCAGAAAACAUAUGGUAUGCAGCUGCUGAUAGAGCGAUAGCUACUAUUUAUUCAAUUCAUCCAACCCCAGAGAUAUUAGCUUCAUCUCUUGUUAAGAAGUCUCUUAGUUCUGUUUUUGGUUGUUUUGGAGGAGAUGAGUUGCAAAAUGAAGUAAGCAAUGGCAGCAAGAGUACCAUUACUACAGUUCAUGUAACUAAACUUAGUAGAUUUCUGUUUGUGGCAAGUCAUGUUGCAAUGAAUCAAUUAGUUUACAUUGAAUCUUGUGUCCGGAAAGUUCAGAAAGGGAAAGCAAAGAGAGAGAAAAUGGCCGAUGCAGCUGAUGCGAGUCUGGAAGCAAAGAAGGAUAACAGCAUCAAUGCAGAGUUAGGUCUUGCUGCAUCUGAGGAUGCCAUACUUGAUACACUUUCAAAUAAAUCUGAGAAAGAAAUUGUUUCUGGUGGUUCUUCUGAAAAGAACUUGAUUGGUUAUUGCGGAUCAUUCAUUUCAAAACUCUGUAGAAAUAUUGCUUUGAUACAUAAGCAUCCUGAACUUCAGGCAUCUGGAAUGCUUGCUUUAUGUCGAUUGAUGAUAAUUGAUGCUGACUUCUGUGAAGCAAAUCUCCAACUUCUCUUCACCGUUGUGGAGAGUGCACAAUCAGAAACUGUUCGCUCAAACUGCACUGUCGCUCUUGGAGAUUUGGCUGUUCGUUUUCCCAAUCUAUUAGAGCCAUGGACAGAGAAAAUGUAUGCACGGCUCAGAGAUCCAUCAGUCUCCGUUAGGAAGAAUGCUGUACUUGUUCUUUCUCAUCUGAUUUUGAAUGACAUGAUGAAGGUCAAAGGCUACAUUAAUGAAAUGGCAAUAUGUCUUGAAGAUGAAGAUGAACGGAUAUCAAAUCUAGUGAAGCUUUUCUUUCAUGAGUUAUCCAAGAAAGGGACAAAUCCUAUAUACAAUCUGCUUCCAGAUAUACUUGGCAAAUUGUCCAGUCAGAAUUUGACUAGAGAAUCUUUCUGCAACAUCAUGCAGUUUCUGAUUGGUUCCAUCAAGAGGGACAAGCAAAUGGAGUCUCUUGUUGAAAAGCUUUGCCAUAGGAUUAGUGGUGUCACAGAUAUUACGCAAUGGGAAUAUAUUUCUUAUUGCCUCUCUCAGCUAGCUUUCACUGAUAAGAGCAUGAGAAAGCUUAUGGAGUCAUUCAAGUCUUAUGAGCAUGCCUUAUCCAAUGACUCUGUGAUGGAUCACUUUAGAAGCAUUAUUAACAAGGGAAAGAAGUUUGCCAAACCAGAACUCAAGUCGUACAUUGAGGAAUUUGAGGACAAGAUUAACAAGUUGCACAUUGAAAAGAAGGAUCAAGAACUUACUACUCAGAAUGCCCGAGCCCAUAAACAGAAGGUUGAAAAUAUGGGAAUCUUAGUGGUACCCAAGAAAGAAGGAGAAGAAAGCGGAGAAUCUGCAACUACUGAAGAUGGUGAAGUCACUGACCCAUCAACCGAAUUUUCGCAUUCAUAUUCAAAAUUUGUCAAGUCAAAUGGAAAUUCUUCUAGUGAGAUGACACAGAUGGAAAGGGAAGAGGAUGAAGUUCAGUCACCCUACAGAAAUCCAAGAGGUGCCACUAAAUCCAGGUCCAAGAAAAGCAGCAUAAAAAGUCGAAUUGUUGAUAGUCAUGCGUCCACGAGAAGAAAUAUCAAGUCAAAGAGGAGGUAGCCAAAUCACAAAUAUUCAGAUUGAUUGCGCAUUUUUUGUUCUUAGGUAGUUGACAGCAAGUAUGCUUGUAUAUAAGGUGUUGUAAUCUCCCAAUUAUCAUAUGUUCAGCAAGUUCUAUCCCGGAACUUUCUUUUUGUUUCCUCCUGGGUGGCAAUUCUUUUGCUUUCAUCUGCAUGUAUACGGAUCAUAAUGUUCUAUAAGAAUUUCUGCUUUCUGGUUGCA